CGCCGAGCCCGCGGGGAGGGCCUUUCGUCCUGUGCACACAUCCCCGGAGCCGCCUCCCACCCGCGGCCAGGCUGAAGCGGGAGCACGCGGGCGCGCCAGGCUCCGGGGGCGGCGUGGGCGGGUUUCGCUGCAGUGACAGGUGCGGCCGGCUGGACGGCCGCCGUCCUUCCGGGCGCCUAGUGGCGCCGCCCUCGCCACUUUCCCGGCUGGCCUGCCCGGGACAACAGCCACCUUAGGGCGGAAGCCGGAGUGGAUUUUCCAGAGAAGAAGGCGAAGGCGGGACGCGCCCCGGGUGUGAAAGUCACAAAUGUCGUCGAGUGAUGGAAGGUCCAGGAUUCGGGACAGGGACUAUAGUGAGGUGCCGAGGGACUCGCCUUGUCCAGAUGAUAUCGUAAGAACCCUCCAGUCUCUUCACAGCAGUGAGCUGGCUGUGAGCGCAGAUCCUCUGCCUCCUCCCCCUCUCCCAUUACAGCCACCAUUCGGCCCCAGCGUCUACUCAGGUGACACAGAGGAACCAGCGGUGGCCCCAGAUCUCAAGCCGGUGAGACGCUUUGUUCCCGACUCCUGGAAGAACUUCUUCAGAGGGAAGAAAAAGGACCCAGAAUGGGAUAAGCCAGUGUCAGAUAUCAGAUACAUCUCCGACGGUGUGGAGUGUUCCCCUCCAGCCUCUCCAGCAAGACCAAACCACCACCCACCCAACUCUUACAGAGAUCCUUCCGGAGGGUCCCAAGGCACCUUCGAUUCCCAGCCAGAGGCGGACGCCAUGUUUCCCCACGACCCCUAUGCUUCCUUAGACCGGCGCACACAGACGGCGCGGACGUACAGUGAGAAGGUAGAGGAAUACAAUCUGCGCUACUCCUACAUGAAGUCGUGGGCAGGCCUGCUGAGAAUUCUGGGCGUGGUGGAGCUGCUUCUGGGAGCUGGCGUCUUCGCGUGUGUCACAGCUUACAUCCACAAGGACAACGAGUGGUACAACCUGUUUGGCUAUACACAGCCCUAUGGCAUGGGAGGGCUUGGCAGCCUGGGCAAUACAUACGGGGGUUAUUACUACACUGGCCCCAAGACCCCUUUUGUACUCGUGGUGGCUGGAUUGGCUUGGAUCGCGACGAUUAUUAUCCUGGUGCUCGGCAUGUCCAUGUAUUACCGCACCAUCCUUUUGGAUUCUAGCUGGUGGCCCCUGACCGAGUUUGGAGUUAACGUUGCCUUGUUUGUUUUGUACAUGGCUGCAGCCAUAGUCUAUGUGAAUGAUACCAACCGAGGUGGACUCUGCUACUACCCGUUAUUUAAUACGCCAAUGAACGCGGUGUUCUGCCGGGUAGAAGGAGGUCAGAUAGCCGCAAUGAUCUUCCUGUUUGUCAACAUGAUAGUUUAUCUUGUCAGCGCCCUCGUCUGCCUGAAGCUUUGGAGGCACGAAGCAGCCCGGAAACAUAGGGAAUUCAUGGAGCAGCAGGAGAUAAAUGACCCAUCGUUGUCGUCAAAAAGGAGAAUGCAGUGUGAGGUGGCCACCAGUGACCGACAGAAGGACCAAGAAGUCAACUUCAAAGAGUUAAGAACAACAACGAAAAUGACUCCUGAACUUCUGAGUGGACACAUCCCUCCUGGCCACAUUCCUAAGCCCAUCGUAAUGCCUGACUAUGUGGCAAAAUACCCUGUGAUUCAGACGGAUGACGAUCGGGAACGCUAUAAGGCUGUGUUCCAAGACCAGUUUUCAGAGUACAAGGAGCUGUCUGCAGAAGUGCAGGCCACCCUGAGGAAGUUUGACGAGCUGGACACGGUGAUGAGCAGGCUGCCACAUCAUUCUGAAAACCGCCAGGAACACGAGAGAAUUUCAAGAAUUCAUGAAGAGUUUAGGAAGAAAAAGAAUGACCCUUCGUUUCUGGAAAAAAAGGAGCGUUGUGAGUACCUCAAGAACAAACUCUCUCACAUAAAGCAAAGAAUCCAGGAAUACGAUAAAGUGAUGAAUUGGGAUACUCAGGGUUAUCCCUAGAUGCUGUCUGAAACGGUUUAUAGCCAACUGUUCAUUCGCUGCCUUUGCGUGUUGGUCUCCUGGGUGAGAAGCAGGCACUUCCGGGUCACCUUCUGCUUGGUCUAAAGACAUC